AUGAAGAUGGCCUUGGCGCACGUGACGAGGGGCAUGAGGAGAGUGGCAGAGAUGCAAAGAAGGAGCUUGAGCAUGAAGUUGCCUGCUGCUCCUGAUGCUGCCACUUUUGUCUCUUGUGUCCGUGAAGAAGUCGCAAAGAUCUCAUGGUGGGGCAACCCACAGCGUUUGCAAGCUGCCAGAGAAGAGUUCAGCCAUUUCAUGUCAAACGUUUCGCAACUUCCAGACUUGAAGGUUGGUAUAGUAGCAGCUGGUGCUGUAGCGAUUCUUGAAACCUACGGCUGUUUCGUUCUCGGUGAAGUGAUUGGCAAGCGACAAUUGAUCGGUUAUCCAGUGAAAGUUGCUCACUCCCAUCACCAUUGA